AUGGAUAGCCAGUAUGCCAUCAAUGGACGAUUAGUGGAAAUUAUAGAUGAUGAAUGGAAAAAGGAUAGUUUACCUGUGGAGCACGUACCUAUACCGCUCAAUCAAUUACCGAAUGAUGAAGGUGAAAAUGAAUUUUUGAAUACAUGUUCGCUAUCAACAGGCACAGAUGAAGAGAAGAAAUGGACAGAUUCCAAUGUAUUGUUAGAAAAGUUGCGUUAA